UUGAGAGCAAAUAGUUUUGAAAGAUACUAAUCCUACAUAUUUGUUACAAGACUAACCUUGUAUAUAGUAAGAAUAAGUUAAUAGAAAUAAGGCGUUUAAAUGUAAGAGAUUGUGAUAAAAGAGUUGCGGUGCUUUAAGCAUGAAGGUAGAGAAAGAAAUGGGUGGAGUGAGCACAGACGUUCGAGGGGCGAGAGUGGAAGGAUGAGGGAUCGGAAGAUGGCGGCGGAAGAGUGACACGUGAUACGUUUGAGCUCCUGAAAUAUUGGCUGUUUUAGUGCACGAUUGGAUAAUUUUUAGGCAAGAGUGACAGUUUAGUUUGUUAGUGAUUAGAUACUUUAGUAUAAUAUUAUUGGUAGGUGAGAUUUUUCAGUAAGGAAGGAGGAGAGUUGAUGAAAGUAAAAGGCCUCCCUGGUUGGCCUAGAACCAGGGAAACGAGAAAAGAAGGGGAAGAAGGGGAAAGGAGGAGAGAGAGCAAGGUGGAGGAAAGGAAAGAGGAACAGGAGAAAUGGGAAGAAGAAAUGAGUUCUGAAGAGGGAGAAAAGGAAGAGGAUAUGAUAAAGAAGAACGAGGAGAGAAAAGGAGGACAAGCAGAGGUGGAAAAGGAGGACAAUAGUUUACUAAAAAGCUUAAGAAAAGACUGGGCUUUAAAAUAUUUGGCAGAAGAGGAAAAGGCGGUUCUAGAGGCGUCCAAAAGGGAAUGCAAAGGAAAGGAAAACGAGGAGGAGAAAGACGUGAAAGGAGGAGAGAAUAAAAUGGAGAUGGAAGAGAGGAAGAAAAGGGGAAGAGAAGUGGAAGAGGAGGAAGAACAUCAGGAGGGGAGAGGCAGGAAGGAGAAAAGAAGGGAAGAGAAAGAGUCAGGAAAUGACGUAUCAGACAUGGAAGAUAGAGAGACCAAUGAGAUAACGCCGACUGGGGAUUUUAAGGAUGACGCGAAGCAGGGAUUGGCAAGCGUGGCGACGGUGGCGCCAACGAAGGAGAUACGGAGGCGUGGGGAAGUGAAUGGUGAAGGAGAAAGAAUCGGCCAUUCUUUUAGCAAGCGUAGAGAAGUAAGUAUUGUAGAAGUGAACAAGGAGAGUUUUGAGAUUAUCGGGGAGGAAGGAAAGGACGAUAGUGAAGGUAAAGAGAACAAUUAUAAUGUAGAAAUAGACAUUAACAAAAAUAGGAUAAUAGAAAGUAGAAAUAAGACGAUAGAAAAUAAGAAUGGGGAAAGCGUGAUCGAAGCAACACGUGGUGACGGUGAAAAUUAUACGCAGCACGUGGCCCCUAGAGAGGGAAACAUUAGGAAUAAAAGAGAAAGAACAGUUGAUUUGUACGAGGAAGGACUUGUAAGAGAGAAAUAUGUGGUGUGCUGUGUCCUUAACAUGACAACGACAAAAAGAAAGGGAGGAAGCGAACCACCUAUUGAAGAAAUAUAA